CGCUCACUAGCACAUUUUAAGCUUUGUGGUACAAAACUAAAUUUUAUCGUAUUUCCACUCGUAUUUGUUGGUUGCCGCGUCUCCCCUGGUGUUGUCGCCUUAUCGUUUGUGUUUCGCUGGUGCUGGAUUUCUAAAAGAACCGUUCGCCAUGAGUCAAAUAAAUUUACACAGCGAAAAUUUUGACCUCUGCAGAAUUUGUUUGCUGAAACCAGAAGUGGACCGAAAUGUCAAAUUCUCAAUGAUUUUUCCAGAUGACGAUGGAAAUGAUUUCAAUUUGCACCGGCAAAUUGAAGAAAUGUUUGGAGAAAAAAUUGAAAAAGAAGAUAUUAAACCAAAAAUAAUCUGCGAAAAUUGUCUAAAUGCUAUUUCGAAAUGGGCAGCAAUGAAAAAGACAUAUUCUGAAUCGUCGAUCAUUCUUAAUUAUUUAGCAAAAUCAAAGUUUACUCCCCCUACAACAUCUGAUGCACGUCCUAAUACAUCACUGAAUUCAAACAAUAAAGAAAAACCUACCAGAGUACAACCUGAAUCAAAGGAAACAGAAUUAUUACCUUUUGAAAAAGGAAUUGAAAAGAAUACAUUUGAAUGUGAAAGAAGAAACAUGCAAAAUAUUCGACUUCCAUCAUCAUAUAAACUUUUUACUUGUUUAAAACCUUCUUGCGAUCUCAUCUUCGAAAGCAUUUAUGCUUUUAAAUGUCAUUUUCGAAAACAUUUUGAAUAUGAGGAUAAUUUAAUGUGUUGGGCAUGUUGUAUUCCGUUUUCUAAUAUAAGUCAACUGAGAAAACAUCAACAGAGAAGUUGUCGUACUCCUGAUAAAUUUGAUUGUUAUAAAUGUUCUGCAAAAUUUGAUGAUCUUGAAGGUUUGAGUAUACAUAAAUUGACAUUCCAUAAAUCUCAUUUAGUAUCUUAUUCAUUUAAAAAUAGUGAAAACACUAUUGAGUGUGCAUUUUGUCAAAAAGAUAUUGUUAUUCAUGCCUAUAAACACCAUUUGCACAAGUAUCAUUGAAAGACUGUUAAAAAUAUUGAACCUAAACUCACCUAUAAUCAGGGCCGGAUCUUAACUUUUUAACACCCGGGG